AGACAGUAACCUCUUUUUGCAUACAAAAUGCCAGGCCUUACUAUUGGAGACACUAUUCCUGACCUUCAAGUUGAUACCACUCAAGGCAAAAUCAAGCUUCAUCAGUUCUGUUCUGAUAAAUGGACCAUUCUUUUCUCGCAUCCAGGUGAUUUCACACCAGUUUGUACCACUGAACUUGGUAAAAUGGCUCAAUAUGCUUCUGAGUUUAACAAACGAGGAGUUAUGCUAUUAGGUAUGUCUUGUGAUGAUUUAGAAUCUCACAAGGAGUGGAUCAAAGACAUUGAAGCCCACACUCCAGGAGCUAAGGUGAAUUAUCCAAUAAUUAGUGAUCCCAAAAGAGAAAUCAUCAAACAACUCAACAUGGUUGAUCCUGAUGAGAAAGAUUCAAAUGGGAAUUUACCAUCAAGGGCUCUUCAUAUUGUUGGGCCUGAUAAGAAGAUUAAGUUGAGUUUUCUGUACCCUGCACAAACUGGGAGGAACAUGGAUGAAGUGUUGAGGGUAGUAGAGUCACUACAGAAAGCCUCAAAGCACAAAAUUGCUACCCCUGCUAAUUGGAAGCCAGGGGAGCCUGUUGUCAUUUCACCUGAUGUUACCAAUGAACAAGCUAAGGAUAUGUUCCCUCAAGGUUUUAAGACUGCAGAUCUUCCAUCCAAAAAGGAGUAUCUUAGGUUCACUACUGUUUGAUGAUAAUGUCCUUGCCACUUGUUGAAGGAUAUAAUAGGACCCUUCUUAAUGUUAUAUAUCCUAAUGUCUAAGAAUAUAUAUGUAGUACUCUUAGUGUAUAAAACUUUUAUGUAUCUUUUUGUUCACUGUGGACUCUAUGUCUAUGGUCUAAUGUUAUGUAUAAAUCCUUAAAUAUAUAAGUUUUAAUUUUAGCUAUGUU